UAUAAAAUACACACGUCACCUUGCGGAGAGGAUGACUAUAAAACUAGGAACAGAAAGAAAAGGAAUUUGGAACGCAAUUUGUGAGAGCAGAUUGAGCAUUCUUUCAUAUCAGCAAUCAGAAGAAAUGAGCUGGUGGUGGGCAGGAGCCAUAGGAGCUGCAAAGAAAAAAUUGGAAGAGCAGGAUAAACCAUCCAAGUACAAGAGUGCUGCCCUCGUCAUUGGCAUCACAGGCAUCGUCGGCAGCAGCCUUGCCGAAAUCCUUCCCUUCUCCGAUAUUCCAGGCGGACCUUGGAAGGUCUAUGGCGUAGCUCGUCGUCCCCGCCCUGCUUGGACUAACGCCCUACGUAUUGAUUACGUACAAUGUAACAUCUCAAAUGAAGAAGAAACGCAAGAUAAACUAUCAAAACUUAAGGAUGUCACUCACAUAUUUUAUGUUGCAUGGGCUGAGAAAUCAAGUGAAGCUGAAAAUUGCAUUGUCAAUGGUACUAUGCUACGCAACGUGUUGAAAGCUGUAAUCCCAAAUGCACCGAAGUUGAAACAUGUAUGCUUGCAAACUGGACGUAGACAUUACACCGGUCCUUUCGAUUCGGUUGGCAAGGUUCAGCCCCAUGAUCCUCCAUUUCGUGAGGAUCUUCCAAGGCUUAACGUGUCGAAUUUUUGUUAUACACUCGAGGAUGUUUUGUUUGAAGAGGUGAAGAAAAAGGAUGGAUUAACAUGGUCAGUUCAUAGGCCUGGAGUGAUUUUUGGAUUCUCGCCAUGUAGUUUGAUGAAUGUAGUUGGUAGUUUAUGCGUUUAUGCAGCGAUAUGUAAGCAUGAGGGCAAGCCAUUAAGGUUUCCAGGGAGUCGACAAGCUUGGGAUGGGUAUCGGGAUGCAUCAGAUGCAGAUUUGAUUGCAGAGCAUCAGAUAUGGGCAGCAAUGAAUCGGCAUGCAAAAAAUGAAGCCUUCAAUUGCAGCAAUGGAGACGUGUUCAAGUGGAAGGAUUUAUGGAAGGUGUUAGCUAAGCAAUUUGGGAUUGAAGAUUACGGAUUUCAUGAAAGCGAUGAGAGGCACAGCUUGGUUGAGACGAUGAAGGACAAAGGUCCAGUGUGGGAUGAGAUCGUCAGAGAGAAGGGUCUUGUGCCAACAAAACUGAAUGAGGUAGGGGCAUGGCGGUUCGCUGAUGCAGUACUUUCUGGAAAGUCAUUGUUGGAUAGCAUGAACAAGAGCAAAGAGCAUGGAUUCAUUGGGUUCAGGAACUCGAAAACGUCCUUCAAUUCUUGGAUUGAAAAGAUGAAAACUCACAAGAUUGUUCCUUGAUUUGAGAUUUGACUAAAUGUUGCAUUAGAAAGGAUUGGAUUUGUUCAUUUUUGUCUCACCGCCUGUAAAUUACAGUCAAAAACAUAAAGUAGAUUCUGAUUUUCUCAAA